AUGUUUUUGUUACAGACUGUGGUUGGAAUUCUUGGAAAUUUUUCUCUUCUUUGCCAUUAUUUUUUCCUUCACCAUAUGGAAAGUAGAAUGAAGCCCAUAGAUCUGAUCCUCAAGCAUAUGUUUAUAGCUAAUUCUUUAAUUAUUCUUACAAAAGGACUUUCCCAGACGAUGGUAGCCUUUGGGUUGAAACAUUUAUUCAAUGAACUUAGUUGCAAGCUUAAUUUGUUUGUGCUCAGAGUGGGCAGGGCUAUGUCAAUUUCUACCAUGUGCUUCUUGAGUUUCUUCCAGAAUAUCACACUUAGCCCCAUGAACUCCUUUUGGAAGAAUCUUAAAAUCAAAGCUGCCAAGUACAUUGACUUCUCCAUGUCUCUCUGCUGGUUGCUAUACAUGGGGGUAAAUUGCAUUUUCCCCCUGUAUAUGUUGCACCUAUCAGGAAAUUCAGAAAGCAGAAACAUCACAAGAAAAAGACAUCUGGGAAUUUGUUCUGUGGUAGAUUAUGGAACAGCCAUGGGCUCAGUCUAUAUUGCAUUAGUAGUAUUCCCAGAGGUUUCUUUUAUUGUGCUCACAUUACAGGCCAGUUGUUCAAUUAUUCUUGUCCUGUACAGACAUAAAGAGCAGGUUAAGCAUAUUCAUAGCUCUAAAGUUUCUUCCAGAUCUCUUGAGUCAAGAGCCAUGAAAAGCAUCCUUCUCCUCAUGAGCACCUUUGUAUCAUUUUACAUCAUCUCCUCCAUAUUUUCAAUUUUUAUGGCCAUUUAUAUUAAUCUCAGUUGGUGGUUGAAGAGUAUUUCUGACUUAAUUUCUGUGUGUUUCCCAAUGAUCAGCCCCUUUCUUGUCAUGAGCCAGAAUUCCUCUAUAUCCAUGUUCCGGUUAGUCUGGAUAAGAAACACAAAUAUACCUCUUAUCGAAAAUAUAUAA